AUGUUUCGAUGGAUGCUUCUAAGGAUGAUGUUAUUGCUCUGGAUGACAAGCGUAACACUUCAGGGCGGCACAGGGUACAAACCUCAAAAUCCAAAUGGUGGUGCAGCACAAAUGUCACCAAGAGAUUAUGGUUUGGGUCAAAAUAGCAACUCAGCAAAUAUGAAAGGAAACGGUUAUCCUGUAAACAAAGGUACAGGUGCAUAUGGGAGUGCACAAAAUAAGCCUGGAUACGGAGGUCGUCCCCCGUAUGGUGGAACAGGCAUGGGAAUGAUGAACCAACAUGCAUUGAAGCAGAGGGGAGGUUAUGGAAAUGGUAAUGGCUACAAAGCUCCAUCUUAUGGGGGCUACAGCAAUUUAAUGGGUGCUCAUCCCCAAAAAGGAGUUGGUCUAGGUUAUGGUGCUGGGCCUGCAGCUGCCAAGGGACAAGGGACAAGGCCAAAGGGACAAGGCUCAAAAUCUGGAGGAUAUAGCAUCUCUGCAGGAUACACCAAUGGUGGGGCAACCAAGGCACAACAAGGAUAUGGAGGAUAUGCUAAUGGAGCUAAGCAACCUAAUACAGACUCUUCGCUUCCAAAUAUGGGGUAUCCCAGUGGUGGAACCAAGGGACCUAAACCAGGAUAUGGUGCUAAAGCUGGACCCUCAAAUGGACAAGGAGCCAAGCCUAAUGUGAUUUGGGAUUGGUUUUGUUCGGGAUAUGGAGGAUAUGCUAAUGGAGGUGCAGCUAAGCAACCCAAUACAGGUUCUUUUCUUCAAAAUAUGGGGUAUCCCAAUGGUGGAUCCAAGGGACCUAAACCAGGAUAUGGUGCUAAAGCUGGACCCUCAAAUGGACAAGAGGCCAAGCCUAAUGGCUCUUCACUUCAAAAUAUGGGGUAUCCCAAUGGUGGAACCCAGGGCCCUAAUCCAGGAUAUGGUGCUAAAGCUGGACCCUCAAAUGGACAAGGAGCCAAGCCUAAUGGAUAUGGAGGUUAUGCUAACGGAGGUGCAGCUAAGCAACCUAAUACAGGCUCUUCUCUUCAAAAUAUGGGGUAUCCCAAUGGUGGAGCCAAAGGACCUAAACCAGGAUAUGUAGGAUAUGCUAAUGGAGGAGCAGCUAGGCAACCUAACACAGGCUUUUUUCAAAAUAUGGGGUAUCCCAAUGGUGGAACCAAGGGGCCUAAACCAGGAUAUGGAGGAUAUGCUAAUGGAGGAGCAGCUAGGCAACCUAAUACAGGCUCUUUUCUUCAAAAUAUGGGUUAUCCCAAUGGUGGAACCAAGGGACCUAAACCAGGAUAUGGUGCUAAAGCCGGACCCUCAAUUGGACAAGGAGCCAAGCCUGGUUACGGUGUUCCUGGACAUAUGUCAGAAGGACCUUAUAAAGCAGCUAAUUCAGGAUAUAUGCCUGUAACAGCUGGGAAAGAGGGUGUUCCCAGUGGAAAAGGACCUAAAGGGGAGAUUUUAAGCCCUGAAGCAUCAAGUCAUCUCCCACUAACAUCUAACACCAAGGGUGUUUUACCACUAGCUGAGCGUGUGCCAAAUACAGGAUUGCUUCCAGAACAAACUAAAGAUCUUCCACCAGUCCUGCAACAAACGAAAGGACAAAAUCUUAAUGCACCACUUCAACAGGGCAAAGACCCCAACUCUAUGGGACCUCAGCCUGCUCCAAAGCCAUUUAUGCAAGGUCCAGGAUUUUAUAAACCUAGUAAAGCUUAUAAACCACCCACACCUGUAAUUCCACAAAACAAAGCUUCAAAGCCAGCUGCACCAGCAAUCCCUCAAGCAAUUCCUGCACCAGAAUCAGCUCCCAUUCCUCAGACGAGUUAUCCUCAAACAUCACAGACAGCUGCACUAGAGCAGGGACAAGUGCUGUCACAGGAACAAACCGUCACUCCAGUGAUACCAAAGCCAAUUUCGCCACAAGGCAGUAUUUUUUCACAGGUGCCUCUGGUGCCAAAUGCAGCUGUUCCUCAAAUAACUCCAGAGAUGCAACAAACCAAGAUUCAGUCAAACCCAGCUUUGCCUCAAAUGAAGAAUCCAUCAACAACAAAUCCUGAUUGUGGACCUGGUGGACGACCUAAUGGACAAUGGGUCAAACUUCCAAGUCCUGGUUCAGGGUACCCCAACGGAAAAGGAGAAGUGUCAUCUCAACCAGGCUUUGGAGCAGGUGGUUAUCCAGCUCAUGGCAUUAACAAUGGCUACAAAGCAGGUUAUGAAGGAUAUGGAAACAAAUUCAAUAAGCCAGCUGGACCACAAGGUGGGCAGCCAAUGGGAUUCGGAUCUAAGGGAAAAGCUCAAGCAAAAUAUGGAAUUGGUGGACUUCCAUUUGGUUCCCAUAGAGGAUAUCAAACCAACCCCUCUGGACAAUAUGGUAAUGAAGGACAGCGCUAUGGAGCCAAACCCUACAAUCCUCAAGCACUGGGAAAACACGGAUAUGGUAGUUUACCGUACAACUCUCAGCCUCUUCUACCGGAAUCUGUUGCCAAAUCAUCCGACUUUGGAGGGUUACCCUACAAUGGUCAGCCGCUUGGAUAUGGUGGUGACAAGUCGUCUGGAAAAUAUGGACAAAAGGGUCUUCAUUAUGAUGGUCAGCCAUUUGAUCUCAGGCCUGAUGCUAUGUCUGGGAAAUAUGUCAGUCUCAGUGGCGAUGCCAAAUCAGCUAAAUAUGGUAAUCCAGCAGUGUCAUAUGAGCUCCUCGGCCCUGUGACUGAUGGCCAAUCUGUUGAAGAAAACAGAAGCCUGGAGGUUUUGCACCAAGGUCCUGAGAUUGAUGGACAGAAAUCCAUUGACCAGUUUGGAGAUGGAGAAGUUCCACCCCAUCCUGAUACUCCAGGAGCUGGAGAGGCGAAUGCACAAUCCAUAAACAAAUACGGAAUGGGUGAUUAUACCAAUGGAAGAGUACAACCAGAAGUUGUCUCUUUCCCUGGUGUUCCCACUGUGGGCCCCGCUCCUCACAUCCCUGCUGUCACCUCAUUUGACACCACACUGGACGGUUCCUCCCUGGCCCCUGUCUCUGUGCCUGAUGUGUCUGCUGUUUCUGAGGUGCCUUUCUCACCCACAUUCUCUCCCACUCUAAAGCAGCAGCCAGCACCACCACAACAGAUUCACAUCCAGCAGCACCUCAAGUUCCACUUCCACCCACAGGGCAACUCCCAGACAGGAAAGGAAGGCAAAUACAAAUUGAAUGGUUUCUUUGGAAAUAAAUACCAAGGAUAA